GAUACAUUGACGAUUAUGGUUAUUUAUUUACACGGUGCCAAUUUCUCUUCCCCUGGUUGCCCUUCCGCUUCCCGAAAUUUCUGGCGGGUACCGGGAGCGCGGGAACACGUUCCUCUACGGUUAGGUGUGCGCCAUCUUUCGUGGUCGCAUCGGGAUUUUUGUCAGUCCGGAAUAAGUUUUUAGGGUUUUGAUGCCGUGAUCUAGAAUAGUCUCUCUGGUUGUAAAUUUUGUUGAUCGGCACAAACCAACGGGGUUCGUCCUCUUCCGCUGUUUCCCAUAACUAAUCGAGUCAUCUGCCUCAUUUCGCCUUCAAAGAUGCAGGUUAGGAAACCCUAGGUUUUUGUAUAUUGGAGUUUUGGCUUCCUGAAUGGCUGAAAUCAUCGCUGGAAGCCAGAAGGAAGGAGAUUCGUCCGCAGCGGUGCAGGAAAAUGGAGUAUCUCCGAAUAAUCACGGUCCGUCUAAUCGGAAGGAAAAAAGGAAAGAGGCGAAGAAGUUGAAGAGGAAGCAGUUGCGGAAAGACCUAGCGGUGAAAGAGCGGGAGGAGGAGGAAGCGAGGUUGAACGAUCCUGAAGAGCAGGUGAGGCUGAGACUGAAAGAGCAGGAAGAGGCUGAGAGAGCGGAGAAGGAGAAGAGACUCUUCGAUGAAAGAGAGGCGACGUGGCUGGAAGCCGCGAGGAAGGCCAAAGAGGAGGCAGAGAGGAACCUCCUGGAAGAGUCGCAGGGAGAGCCUUUUGAUCAGGUGAAAUGUGAGAAUGAGUUGAAUGAGGAUGAUUCUUGGGAAUAUAUUGAGGAAGGGCCAGCAGAGAUCAUCUGGCAAGGAAAUGAGAUAAUUGUAAAGAAAAAGAAAGUAAGGAUCCCCAAGAGAAGCGUAGAUCAGCAAGCAGAUGAUGAGAUUGCCAGCAGGCCAACUUCAAAUCCUCUUCCCCCACAAUCUGCUGCCUUUGAUGAUUAUAGGAAAGCAAAUGAUACCUGCAUGCAAGCUUUAUUUGAAAGUGUUGCUCAGCAAACUCCAAACUUUGGUACCGAACAAGAUAAAGCUCAUUGCCCGUUCCACUUCAAAACUGGGGCUUGCCGCUUUGGUUCCCGUUGCAGCAGAGUUCACUUUUAUCCGGAUAAAUCUUGCACCUUGUUGAUUAAGAAUAUGUACAAUGGUCCAGGCUUGGCUUGGGAGCAAGAUGAGGGACUCGAGUAUACUGAGGAAGAGGUGGAACGAUGUUUUGAAGAGUUCUAUGAGGAUGUACACACAGAGUUCUUGAAGUAUGGUCAGAUUGUUAAUUUCAAGGUUUGUAGAAAUGGAUCAUCUCAUUUGCGUGGCAAUGUCUAUGUGCAUUAUAAACAUUUGGAAUCUGCUGUUCUUGCUUAUAACUCCCUCAAUGGUCGUUUUUUUGCUGGGAAACAGAUUACAUGUGAAUUUGUAGGAGUGACUCGCUGGAGAGUUGCUAUAUGCGGAGAAUACAUGAAGUCUAGGCAUAAGACAUGCUCGAGGGGUAGCACUUGUAACUUCAUCCACUGCUUCCGUAAUCCAGGUGGAGACUAUGAAUGGGCGGACUGGGACAAACUUCCACCUAAAUACUGGGUGGAAAAGAUGGUGGCUUUGUUUGGACCUUCAGCCAGAGAUGAAGAUGAAGAGAAGGAAAAAUGUGAGGAGCUGGAAACCCCAAAGAAGAUUCCACGAGAUUCCAGGCAUCACCUAUCAAGGUUUAAAUCACGUGAUAGGCAUAACGUGAAUGGUGAUUCCAGUACGCAGGACUGGUGUGAAAGUGGUAGGUUCCAUCACCUUGAAUGCUCAAGGAGGACAGACUACCGUCACAGCCGAAGUAGGUAUGACAAAACAUAUGAUGACAAACAUAUGGACGAUCAUGAGCGAUUUCAUAGAUUUCCUGAAUGGAGUGGCUCUUCCGACAGCGAACACUCCGACAGCAGUGAUAGCUUUUCUGAUUACAAAGAUUCAAAAAGGGAAGCAUAUAGUGGACAUGGUCAACAUUCUUCCCGAGGAAUUGAGGCUUAUCAUACUGAUUGUGAACAUACGUGUGAUUUAGGGUAUUUGGAUAGUGACACUGAAAACGAUUAUUCUGAUAAAUACAGUAGACAUUCUAGGAGGGCUGUGUAUCGCCACCAUAGACGAAAUGGUUCUACUCAGAGGGAAGAGUCUUUAAAGUCUGAUUAUUUUGAUCAUUCACCGAAAAAAGGUUUCAGUUGUAAAAACCGUGAUAAAAUCAGGGGAUAUCCCGAGGAAGAUGGUCAUUCUAGUCAUAUUGACGACCAUUGGAGCAGGAAAGAACAUCAUCGCAGCCAUGGUUCUUCACGAAGGAACGAGACAUGUGAUACUGAGGAGCAUAGUGAAAGAUGGAGCUGCAACAAAUCUUCCAGUGAUGCUACUCGUUGCGGCAGUCCGCAUGCUAACAAUGUUACCUCCAAUGUCGGCCACCAUAAAAAUGUGUAUAUCAGCAAGGAUUACGCUCAUCCAGACUCGAUUCAUGACAGGAUAGUUUCCAGUGAAAGGAAGCAAUCCAGAGAUGAUACGGGGAGUCCAGAUGAUACUCAUCAUGAGCGGCAUUACCAGAAGCACUUUUCAAGUUCAGGGGAAAGAAAGCGCAAGAGAGCAGAGGCAAGCCGGAAGAAAAGAAAUGAUGAUAUUGAAGACUUGGAUGAUCUCAAACGAGAGAAGAGGUCUUCUCGACGUGAUAAAACUGCAUGUGGUCAGGAAAACCCAGAUGCUGUAAGAAAUGAGCAGCUCCUCAGAAAAUCAAGCAAGCGGAAGCAUAGGAGGCAUGCGAUUGAUGAAGAUUCUGAGCACCUGAUUGACGAUUACAGCAACUAAAGGAGAGGGAAAUCACGAUAAGAAUCAUUUGUUGAUUCUGUGCUUGUGGUUUUCCAGUUUGAUUGUAUCUGCUGGUCUUCCAUAGCGAUUCUUGAGGAAGCAGCCAAAUAGCAACCGUGGAGUAUAGUUAAGCCGGCAAAGAUGAGGAGGGAAUGCCGUUCUGGCGCAAUACGAGGCGGCACGGGCAUCGGGUUAGCAGGCAUGUAAAUACCUUGGGAUGGAAAUGUGGCCGAGUUACGUUCUUGAUAGUUCCUUUAGAAAAUGGCUAUGCUACAGGUGUAUGUGGAUCUUGGUCGAGACGUUUUCUAACGAUUUUCUCUUAAAUCAGGCACAAUGCGUGAUUCUUUUUGCCAACCGUCUUCCAUAUCGCUGUGAGUUGUUACACGUUGGAUUUUGAUUUCAGGAUGUGUCUAUUCUAUCAACUGUAAUUUCCAACA